AUGAGCGAGGGAGAUGAAGCGGCCCGCCGCCGGAGCGUCGCGAAUGAGUACCGGAAGAAGCUCCUCCACUACAAGGAGCUCGAUUCCAGGAUUCUCACAGCAUGUCAAAAUUUGAGAGCUGCAAAGAAAGAAUUUACCAAAACCGAAGAUGUUUUGAAGUCCCUCCAAAGCAGGGGACAAAUUAUAGGGGAGGUUCUGCGGCCACUUGACAAUGAGCGCUUGGUAGUUCAAGCUAGCAGUGGCCCAAGAUAUGUUGUUCGCUGCCGAAGUAAGGUAGACAAGGAGAAGUUGACAGCUGGAACGCGUGUGGUUCUUGAGAGGACGAACCUCACCAUCGUGCGGGCUCUUCCACGUCAGGUUGAUCCUUUUGUGUAUAACAUGCUUCAUGAAGAUCCUGGCAACAUUAGCUACUCCGCUGUAGGUGGAUUAUCUGAUCAGAUUCGUGAACUUAGAGAAUCCAUAGAGUUGCCACUCAUGAAUCCUGAACUCUUCUCCAGAGUAGGAAUUAAACCCCCAAAGGGUGUUCUUCUCUAUGGUCCUCCUGGAACUGGGAAGACAUUGUUGGCCAGAGCUAUUGCUAGUAAUAUAGAUGCAAACUUUCUGAACGUUGUAUCAAGUGCAAUUAUUGACAAAUAUAUAGGUGGAAGUGCUCGUUUGAUAAGGGAGAUGUUUGGUUAUGCGCGUGAUCAUCAACCAUGCAUCAUUUUCAUGGAUGAAAUUGAUGCCAUUGGUGGGCGCCGUUUUAGUGAGGGAACCAGCGUUGACCGUGAGAUCCAGCGAACAUUAGCGGAACUGCUUAAUCAGCUGGAUGGAUUUGAUCAGCUUGGAAAGGUUAAAAUGAUUAUGGCCACAAAUCGACCUGAUGUUCUGGACCCAGCGCUUCUUCGUCCUGGUCGAUUAGACAGGAAAAUAGAGAUCCCAUUGCCAAAUGAGAAAUCAAGGAUGGAAAUUCUUAAAAUUCAUGCUGCCGGUGUGGCCAAACUUGGGGAGAUAGAUUAUGAAGCAGUUGUAAAACUUGCAGAAGGCUUCAAUGGGGCUGAUCUACGGAAUGUUUGCACAGAGGCUGGGAUGUUUGCAAUUUGUGCAGAGCGUGACUAUGUAAUUCAUGAGGAUUUUAUGAAGGCUGUUAGGAAAUUAAAUGAAGCAAAGAAGCUAGAGUCAAGUGCCCAUUACGGUGCUGACUUUGGAAAAGAUUAGGUGUCAGAUGCUUUACUUGAGACAUGUAUCUUUCGGCAGUGCAGCUGCAUGGUUUCUCUCCUGUAGGAGUCUUACUGGUGGUGCCAAACUGAAAUUGUUGAGUUGGUGCUGUACCGGCAUGUUCAUUGCAACCAGGCUAAAUACUCGGCAUGGGAGCAAGUUUCCUUGGCACCUUUUUCUGGCAUUUCUUAUAGACAGUCAAUUGGAAUGUAAUUUGUCAUCAGAUCUGCUUUGGGAAAUUGAGUUGUCAAAUUGGAACAGAUUAUAGAUGAAUUCUUUCUAUCAGUAUUGUUGUCGCACUCCUUUUAUGGAAAA